ACACAUACAUCUCCUCCACUAAAACCAGUUCCGUAUUUCUGCUCUCCUACUUUCUCAUGUGACAGCCAACUCGACCCCCCAAAAGCCCAGCCGAAAUCACACCGCGCGCCACCAUGAAGGAGCACUGCUGAUUUUUACGAGGCACAAAAGGCUUCAGCAGAGGAGCACAAUGUUGAAAAUGCAGCACACAUGAUAUUGUAUUUUUCAUUCAACGCAAAAUGCCUGGAAGUAAAGGCAAGGCACACUCUGGCAGAGCAGUGCUUUGAGCCCUAUCUCCAGCUGUUCACUCCAUAUAUCUUCAUCAGCUCCAUACUCUAUCUUGCCGAUAUCCCUCCACCAGCCCUGCAGCAACAGGUGAAGAUGACCACACAGAGGAAACACUUAGUCAAGGAUUUUAACCACUUCAUCACCUGUUACGUGUGUAAAGGAUACCUGAUCAAGCCCACUACCGUGACUGAGUGCCUGCACACCUUUUGCAAAAGUUGCAUUGUCCAGCAUUUUGAAGACAGCAAUGAGUGUCCCAAGUGUGGUAUCCAGGUGCAUGAAACAAACCCCCUGGAAAUGUUAAGGUUGGACAACACUUUAGAGGAAAUCAUAUUCAAGCUUGUGCCUGGCCUUAGAGAAAGGGAACAACAACGGGAGAUUGAAUUCUGGAAAAGGAACAAGUCAAAAGAAAAUGCCGAUGAUGAUGGCCGUAAGUGUAAAAGGGCGAAGAUGGAGGAGGAGAUUGAUGACCAUGGGGACGGAGACUACCACAGGAGUGACCCUCAGAUAGCCAUCUGCCUGGACUGUCUGCGCAACAGUGGUCAGAUGGGAGAGAAUAUUGUUAAGGGCUUAAUGAAGAAAUUUAUUCGCUGCUCAACUCGCGUCACAGUCGGAACAAUCAAGAAGUUUCUAAGUCUGAAGUUAAAGCUUCCGAGUUCUUAUGAGCUAGACGUUCUAUGCAAUGGAGAGAUCAUGGGAAAAGAUCACACCAUGGAAUUCAUCUACAUGACAAGGUGGAGGCUUCACGGUGAAAAUGCUUACCCAAUGGUACUUGAAUAUCGUCCCCGAAUUGAUUUUGGAUAGAAGGGUAGAGGCUCCUGCACUACUCUCAGCCUAUCAACACACAGAACAGUGAAUGGAUGUGCUGCACAGGAGCGACACCAUUCUGCUUUUAACCUCUUUUCUUUCACAUUUUUAAAAAAAUUCAUUCCUCUUCUAGAACUUUCUCAUUCUUCAAAUUUCUCUUCACCACAGGAGCUCUUCGAAAACUUGCUGACUCUUGUUCCAGUUUGUUAGUAGGAUGUUUGUUUGCCAUGUAUGUCUCAUUCCUUUUAGUGGUCUAGCAGCAGAACUGUUGACAUACGCAGUUUUGGGCCCAAGAAAAUACUUUAACUCUUCAAGUGCUUUCAGUUGUUAUGUCAGUUGCUUGUAUCAGUAACUAUAAUAGUGCCUUUUUCACACAUUCUGUUUCAGUGAUGUGAGUCACUGAUCCCAGCCUUUUUGUACAGAUAGGCCUACUUCAUAUUUGAAUUUUGUUCAUAGUUAGUAAGAAAAUACACAGUGGUGUCUUAUCAGUCCCAGACAUCUUCUGUUAUUAUUAGAAUAAGCUACAUCUGUCAAUAUCGUGCUCUCAUUUAUGUCCCUGAGCUGCCAUACUGUAGCUGAGCCAUAAAGAGCAGCAGUGUAUACAGUGUCUACUGGGAUUUGUUCCAAUUCCUUUGCAACAAAGAAGGAACCCAGGUUAGCAGAAGUGAGGAAAGCAUGCAUGUCUUCCACUAGAGUAAAGGAACCUUUGAAGGAAUUAACUUGAUAUAUAUAACUCACUUAGAAGUGAACAUCUGAAAUUCAAACAUCCUCUAGAGAUAGUAUACACAGUUUCACAAUUAACAUAAAAUACUGAAUACAGAAGAUUGGACAGUGGUUGUGAAUUGAUGCAGGGGUCAUAUCCAUAACACAACUAUAGCCUGUUUUUACCUUUCCAAAAUGACCAGUAAACAUGCAACAUCUGAGAUUU